AUGGAUUUCAACAUGUCAAAAUUACACAUUGAGUGGAACCUGCAUCAGAAGGUCCAGGCUGAGUCUGUCUUCCUGCCCAUCCUGAGGAGGGACCCUAAGACUUCAUCACACACCAGGCAGGAGAGGGACAGUGAGUCUGUGCUUCUUGGUCAUGCUCCAGCAGAGAUGCAGCCCAGCCCAUCUGAAUUUUUCAAUGGAUACAGUGGUACAUGCCAUUUUCUCAUUAUCUUUCUUCCAAACUCUUUUCUUCUUCAAAGGUGUCCAAGAUACAUACAACCACAGAAUAUAACACAGAAUCUAACCAGUGUCUCAGAAUUCUUCCUCCUGGGCCUAUCAGAUGAUCCAGAACUGCAGCCUUUGCUCUGUAUCCUGUUUCUGUCCAUGUACUUGGUCACUGUGCUGGGAAACCUGCUCAUCAUCCAGGCCAUCACCUCUGACCCCCACCUCCACACCCCCAUGUACUUCUUCCUCUCCAACCUCUCCUUGGCUGACAUUGGUUUCAUCUCCACCACAGUCCCCAAGAUGAUUGUGAACAUCCAAACUCACAGCAGAAUUAUCUCCUGUGAAGGCUGCCUGACUCAAAUGUCUAUUUUUAUCCUUUUUGGAGGCAUGGAUUGUACUCUUCUGACUGCUAUGGCCUAUGACCGGUUUGUGGCCGUCUGUCAUCCACUGCAUUACAUGGCCAUCAUGAACACACACCUCUGUGGCUUCUUAGUUUUGGUGUCUUUUUUGGUUAGCCUUUUGGAGUCCCAGGUGCACAAUUUGAUUGUGUUACAACUCACCUGCUUCAAGGAUGUGUACAUUUCUAAUUUCUUCUGUGACCCUUCUCUGCUCCUUGACCUGGCCUGUUCUGACACUGUCACCAAUAACGUAGUCAUGUAUUUUGUUGGUACCAUCUUUGGUUUUCUCCCUUUAUCAGGAAUCUUUUUCUCUUAUUAUAAAAUUCUUUCUUCCAUUCUGAGAAUCCCCUCAACAGGUGGGAAAUAUAAAGCCUUCUCCACUUGUGGCUCCCACCUUGCAGUUGUUUGCUUAUUUUAUGGAACAGGCCUUGGGGUGUACCUCAUCUCAGCCAUCUCACAAUCUCCCAGGAAGGAUGUGACAGCAUCAGUGGUGUACACUGUGGUCACCCCCAUGCUGAACCCCUUCAUCUACAGUCUUAGGAACAGAGACAUCAAAAGGGCCAUGUGGAAGCUGCUCAGCAAAAUAAUAUCUUAG